AUGAGUCACUCAAGUACCGUGAUGGCGAGCAGCCAGCGUCGCGGCAAGCAAAGGCCCGCUGGUGUGCGACACGAGCAAUACGGGCUCCGGCAACCGCAUGGCCGCAUUAACACCAGUCGGGAUCAAGGCGCCGGAGCUCAGCGGCGCGCCGCCAGUCGCGAGCGCAAUCGUCAUUUGCUCGAGGAAUUCAAAGAGCUGACCCAUGAGCUUCGUGACCAGAUUGAGCGCAAACAGCAUCCCACAUUUUACCCGCGGACGCAACAACCUGGCCCAGCUGCCUCCAGUCAUGGCCCAGCCCCUGGUGGCCAGAUCCUGUACACGGCUGAUGGGCGGCCCAUGAUUCUCCUCCCCUUGGAGAACAGUGCCAGUCUCAACGCUACUACCAGGCCAGCCAACCCAGCAGAUCAUAGUUCGACCUGGUUUGAUCCUCAACCCCAGGCACAACCCUCCCACGCCCCUUCAUCUGUGAACCAAACAGGAUCUACGAGUGCACGCCAAGCAGGGGCAUCUGCGGGCAUUACCGGUACUGCCGGUCAUGCCUCGCCCCAAACAGGACAGCCCGGAUCAACUUCAGCGCCAACUCCAAUUUCCACCCCUGCACCCAGUCGGGCCACUGUCCCAUCACAUCUGCAACGUGUUUCGGUGGCGCCUGCCGCCGGUAUGUCCCCGGGCACGCCAGACGCCAGCGACGUUUUAGACAAUAGCAUGGCACAAAGCCAAACCCACAUUUUGGAAACUCAACACGAAGCCGAGGCGGUCCUGGCCGAUCUCCAGCGCCACGCCCUCGCUCCCCUAGACCCCAGCCUGAGCAUUGAGAUGAAGACCUUGAGACGAAUGCAGCUGGUCGAACAGACACAUGCCACUCAAGAGCUGGAGCAGGAGCUCACCGAUCUCAUGGAAUUGGCCAUGAAACAUGUGGCUGAAGAGGAGCUCUUGGAGGCCGCUCAAAGAGAAGGUCGCGGUCAGGAGGUGUUUGAGGAACUUGUUUCACGCCGCGAUCCUAGCAUGAUGACCUUGGCGCUCGAAGCCUCGCAACUCGAGGCCUCACUGGUGGCCAGCCACGAUCCCCAACGCCGGGGGCUUCAAGCGCCGCACCAUCCAGGUACUGCGCCAUCCACUGCACGAGCACCACCUACGACGGCUGAGGCCUACAACCAGCAAGGCGCUCGAGGCACACGCUUGAGCUCCAACUUGGACACCUUGUCUGUGCGGGACGGCGAUGCCAUUUUCAUGGAUCCCAACUCGGAGGCCCUGCAACGAGCUUGGGCUACACCCCAAGCCCCCACGCCCGCCAAGCAUCGAGGCGGACGGCCCCUUAGCAUUGCCUCAUCCGCCGGUGCCACUUCGCGCCCAGUUAGUAGUGUCUGGGGGGAUGAGAGCCUGAAUCAGUACGGCCGUGGCUCAACCAGCCAGGGUCGCACCGACCAGUAUGAGGUCAUCCUGGCCCGGAACGCUCAAAGAGCCAAUACAUUGGGCAUAACCAUCCGCAAAGAGCCCCACGCUUUGCCGCAAAUCUCCCGCGUGCGUGACCAUGUGAUCUAUAUUGGACAACAGCGUCUCGAGCUGGGCGAUAUUCUGCUCGCAGUCGAUGGUCGACCCGUCGACCCCAAUGGUGGGCACGAUGAGGCUGUCGAGAUGCUCAAAGCUAGCGGUCCCACCGUACGCUUGCUCGUUCGCCCCAUGGAGGGGCCACCCGCAGUUGGCACAGGAAACUCACGCCUCACUUCAAUUCGCGAAGCUCCAAGUCCGGCUGAGAGUCCUACACGGUCAAGCCGUACUGCCACUCUGGGCGAUGCUGCCCCCGCCGAGCAAUUCCACCCCUCUGCGAUGCCCCGAAGCCCCUCCUCUCACUCAGCGCCACCGCCUCGAUCCCCAGGUUCGAGGCAGGUGCCCCCACAGCCCCAUCCAGCCCCGCGGACACUGCCCGUGAGCAGCGUGGCACACACUGAGCCAACCCUGCGCGUUCCUUUGACCCCAGACCACGCACUACAUUCGGCACAGAACGAUGUCUUCUCCUCUGGACCCUCGACGCCGCGCAAUGUGGUCACCAAAUCUGAAAACGAGGCUGGCGCGACUUCGCACAAAGACAUGAUUCCACCCAAUCUGCAGACGUCGACGCCACUAGCUCAAGCUGUCUCAACCAUGGAGCAGACGCAUCCUCACAUGAGCGGAGACAUGGAUGAGCUACCCGAGGAGUCGGACUUUGACAUCUCCGCGGGCUCCUCGGCCCCGCCCGAUUCGCAAGAACCAGCCGCGCCCACAGUCGCCACUGGUCGUGCGAGUGGUGCGCGCCUCCUAGACCCGCCGCUUGAUACAGCCAGCGAUGACCAAGCCAGUGUAGCCUCUUCUGAUCUCUUUGGCAGCGAGGCUUCGGAACAAACGGCUGCCCCUGCCCCACGACAGCCAACAACAACAGCAGCCACACAAUCUGCAAUGGUCAAUGUGGCUAGUUCGGCGCCAAGCCGCACCCAUGUGCAACCCGUAACCGCCCCGCGACGCAUCAUUGCUGGCCCAACGGCUUCAGAUGAGGACCAACACCUCGAUGCUGAGCAGCCGUCAGAGGCAAGUAUGGGCCAACCAGCGCCUGUACCUCAGAGCAGAGCUGGCAAUCACCACAACAACGCCGAAGCAAACGAGGGAGGUGCCGUCGACGAUGAGGAGGAGGAGGAAGAUAGCCUUGACUUGAAUAUGCCCCAGCCUCAGCCUGUGCGCGCGCAAACAGUAACACAAUCCCCGGGUGCACAAGAGCAGGUGUUGGCCUCGACUCCCAAGCAACGCGAGGCCGCUCCACCCCCAACCCGAGCCUCAUGGGACCAUGGAGGUUCAAAUGAUAGCCUGAGCUCCCUCAUCAGUUCUGAAGCCGAUAGCUUGGAUAUGGGCCAGGUACCUCCGCCGCACACAGAUGCCAAACACGAGCCCAACCGCCCAGAUUCUGCGACGCAGCCACGUGCUCAAGGCCGCGCUUCGAGCACUGCAGUUGCUGCUCAGGUUCGGGAGCAAGCCGAGCCGACCGCCGCCUCAGGUCGUCUAGCAUCUCUCUUGGAUGAUGUUGACGUAGUGGAGCAGAUCAACGAUCGCAGUGCCAUGGAGCAUGUCCCAAGCACCACCGCACCUAUGAGAGACGGUGCCGCCCCGCCGUCCGGCCCACUACGCCAGCGACUGGCUGCUUUAACGAGCGCGCUGCGCGAUACAGGUUUUGGCCGGUUGUAUACCGAAAUAGAUCUCGGAUUUGAUGUCGAAUCACCAGAGCUACACCGUGCCGCAGUCGGGCUUCUAGAGCAGAUCGACCGAGGUGAGAGCAUCAACAAACCUGUUGGACCAACGGGCAGCGCUAUGCCCGGUGAUGGCCACUUGCAGGCUUUGCUACUCGCGCUUCUGCGCGUAAUGGAGCAGCAACAGCCACCGCUCAUAACCGAGAGCUUUGUCCGGCACCAGUGUGGGCCCGUUCCCUGCUACGAGGAGCGCGCGCUCACGGAUUCGCUCAGCCCUGAGCAGACCAACUUUUUUCAUGAUUGCUUGGACUGCCUAUGCGCCUUGACCACCGCUGGUGCUGGCUAUGACCUGCACCCCAAUGCGGGUCAUGAACCACGUGCGGAUACGGACAGUCAUCCAGCAGUCAUCAAUAAGAGCAAAGGUCGAUCCAAAUCUACACCUGCUGCCUCGGGUGUGAGUCAAGGCGAAUCAACGCGAAAAGGCGGGUUCUUUCGACGACUGUCGGCGCGCUCAUCGCGCCGUAAAACACAGGCAUCCAAGUCCACAGCUGCGAGCUCCACUACAGCUGGUGAUGUAGGCGACAAGCCAACUCUGGCCACAGCUGCGCGAGUGGUCGCGGCCCUUGCCACGCCGCACCUGCUUCCGAUUCCCGUGACGAUCAACGUGGACAGUCUGCACCAGGCAGAGCACUACCGCCUGCGUGCGGAACGAUUGCGUGUGCAGCACGACCUACAGCGGUUGUUGUAUGCCGUUUUGAAUGAGGAGGACUCAGAUCAGGAGCUGGGUGUGGGCACCAGUGGGCAGGAGUUGACUGCAGUUGAGGCCCAACAAGCCCUGGAGAACCUGAUCUUCGUGGGAGAGCCGCAUUUACUGCUGCGCGCCAUUCUCACGACAUGGCCCAUGGGUGCGGCAGACUUUAGCGAGGCCCUGGUUGUGCUAGCAAUUGCGCGCGGUGGGGCCGCUUUGGGUCCCUUGGUGCAACACGCCGUGCGUGUUGAAUUGCAAGAGACCAAGGGCAGCAACGAGGUAUUUCGCGGCAACUCCAUCCGAGUGCGCUGUCUACGCAUGCUGCUUCGCACCACGUGCCGAGGAUAUCUGUUGGACAUUCUGCAGGAGCCGCUGCAGCGCAUCCUCGGUGAUGCCAAGCUGUAUCAACAAGACGCUCGCCGCAAAGGCAAGGCCGAGCGUCAGCAUCAGGUGGCUGUGGCUACAGUGGUUCAGGACAUCUUGAACCGUCUGUAUCAGGAGCUCAAUGCUGUGCCCUUGGCUCUGCGUCAUGUUCUUGCGGUCGUGCGCAGCGAGUCAGUGCUGCAGUCCACCACGCUGGAAUGGUCAGUCCUGCGCACAAUGUUCUUCCUGCGUUUUCUCUGCCCAGCCUUGUCAAAUCCGGUCGAGUACGGACUGCUGGAGGGCGAGGUGGGCUCCGAUGGAGCAGCGGCGUUGGUUCUCGUGUCCCAGGUACUGCAGGCCGUGGGCAAUGGGUCUGGCCCUGUGCGUGGGAGCGUGAGCAGCACCUUCCAAGAGCUUAUUCUAUCCAACCAGGAGAAGGUUGAGCGAUUUCUCCAGGCCGCCAGCCUGUCCAUUCCGGGAGCCAUCGUCGACGUGGAAGCGUCUUUGGUGCCGAUUCAGGCGCAACUCUCAACCUAUUGUGACUCGGCACGCGGUAUCGUGGUCCAGCAGCUUGUUGAUCAAGAGGCAAUGUUGAGUGCAGCACUUAAGGAAGAGGUCUCCGUCCCGGUCAAAGACCCACAUCUUGGCUACCGCGUGAUGUUGCGCUUUUUGCACCGAUGCGUCCUUGAGGGCGCUCAGAACGACGUGCUUGCCAACAUGGACCCGGACAGCUUACCCAUCCCCACAAACCACAUCAAACGGGCUAACAGCACGACUCCCACAGCGUCUUGUUUUGAGGCCUUCUACGUGCAAUGGCUAGAAUCCUCUGGUUUACAAGUGGCCAUCAUCCCGUACUCUGCCAGCGAUGAGUUGCUGGAGACAAUCAUGGGCAGCGUAAACGGGGUGCUCUUCACAGGAGGCGAGCUUGGACUGCAGAUGAACAGCACCUACUAUCAAACAGCCAACAAGAUCUUGCAGCAGGUCAAGGCCAAGAAUGAUGCGGGCACACACUUUCCGCUCUGGGGAACGUGCAUGGGGUUCCAGCUCUUGCACAUUUUAGUGGCCAACAACGAGUCGGCACUGUCACGCAACGCAUUUGACAGCGAGGAUAUCAGCCUGCCACUAAUCUUUACUCAAGAAGCCAGCACGUCGCGGCUAUUCGGCGGGCUGCCUGCAAAUAUGCAGCACAAUCUGGCAACCGAAAAUUUGACAUCAAAUCUUCAUCACGACGGUGUUGCGCCGACGGCUUACAGCGACUACCCAGAGCUGGCUGCGUUUUACUCUGUGCUGAGUACCAACACGGAUCGGCAGGGCAAGGCCUUUGUGUCAAGCGUUGAAAGCAAGAACUAUCCCAUCUUUGCUGUGCAGUGGCAUCCUGAGCGUCCGCAAUUUGAAUGGGUGGAGGAUCGUCAUAUCAAUCAUAGCUUGGACGCCAUCGAAGCCAUGCAGUACGUCGGGCGCUUUCUCAGCAGCCAAGUUCGCCAAAAGUACGUGUUGCACAGUGCGCUCCUGGUGCACAAGGCACGGGGCAUGGCAUGA